AGUUCCAUGUUUUAUGGGGGCAGGAAUGCUGCAUUGGAGCAUGAGGAUGAUAGUCAACGUUCUUGGAUAGCCCCUGAUGAUGUAGCAGGCAGUGACAUGGACGCGGCAUCACUCAAGGAUGACAGUGACCUUGAUGAACUCGGCCUCGACGAGGAUGUGCCUUCCACCUCAAGAUCUAGGCCAGGUCGCAAGGUUUGUGUUGUUGUUCCUCAGCAGAUGCCAGAGGAUGGUGAUGCAGUCCGGCCUGCCACUAAGAGACCUCGGGUUCGACCGUGGAAAAAGGAAGACAUCACUAACCAGCCCCGGCAGGAGUAUGUUCACCCCCGUCCUGACUUUCUGAGGCCGGCUUCUGAAUACUUCACAGAGUGUUUUACGCCUGACUUGAGGUCCCACAUUGUCUUUCAGAGUAACCUAUACUCGAAACAGAGGGAUGUGGUCAGUAACUUCAACCUCUCCGAAUCCGAGUUCAUGGUUUUCCUGGGUCUCAUCAUGUACAUGGGACUUAUGCCUUUGCCCAGCAUAGUGGACUACUGGGCUGUCAAGACGAGGGUGCCUCAAGUUGCUGAGUAUGUGUCCAGGAACCGUUUCAAGGCAAUCUGGUCAAACCUCCACUUCAGUGACAACGACCAGGCAGCAGGAUCACAGGACCGGUUCUUGAAGGUGCGUUCCCUCUUCACAAAGGUUACCAGGGAGUUCUUGAAUGUUGCAGAGACUCCUACGCAAUCCAUAGAUGAGGUUAUGGUUGCAUACAAGGGCACCACAGCGGGUAACCUUCGUCAAUAUGUAGCCAAGAAACCGGACAAGUGGGGCUUCAAACUCUUCUGCCGUUCCAGUGUGGAUGGAUUUAUCCAUGACAUUCUCAUGUACCAGGGGGGCCACUACAUUUCAGAGCCACCAUACAUCACUGUCUGAAGAGGAGGAGAAGUUGCCAGUCACUAACAAGUUUGUUAUUGCCUUGGUCAAGACCCUCAAGGACCCAGAGAACUCCACUGUGUAUGCCGACAACUACUUCACAAGUAUUGCGUUGGUUGAGUACUUGAAGUCACAGUAUAGUUGCUAGUAUGUGGGCACUACCAGGGACAACAGAGUUGGCUAUCCACCCCUGCAGUCUGUCAAGGAUGCUACCUCUCUGCAUAUGCCAAAGCAUGUGGACGAAAGGCAAACAUGUAAGUUUUGUUCAGAGAAGGGCCACAUUCGCAGAUCCCGUUGGGUGUGCGAGACUGCAAGGUUGUAUUGUGCCUCAAUGAUGUGAAAUUUUUUUUCAUUAUUCCACAAGGUAGGCCAGUAAUUGUAAAUACAUUGUAAAUAUCAGUAAUUGUAAGUGAUUUUUCAAAUUCAUUGUAAAAUAAAUAACUAAACCAUCCCAGUGUUUCUUAUAUAAUUACCUGAAGUAA